UCACCCCCUGGUUAUCUCGCCUUGACUAUUGUAACUCCCUCCUCAGUGGCCUACCUCAUCGCAGGCUAUCCCCUCUUCAACUCAUCCACCUUAUUAACCGUUCCAUAUCUGCCACCCCUCUCUGCCAAUCCCUCCACUGGCCUCCACUCAAUGACCUCCAUCCCUCUCUGCCAAUCCCUCCACUCAGUGUCCUCCAUCCCUCUCUGCCAAUCCCUCCACUGGCCUCCACUCAGUGUCCUCCAUCCCUCUCUGCCAAUCCCUCCACUGGCCUCCACUCAGUGUCCUCCAUCCCUCUCUGCCAAUCCCUCCACUGGCCUCAACUCAGUGUCCUCCAUCCCUCUCUGCCAAUCCCUCCACUGGCUUCCCAUU